GUCUCUGCUCUCUCAGUGUGGGCGGGACUUCCGGUUGAGCGCACCCGGAAAGAUUCGGAUGGUGAUCGUGCAUCCAUCCAUAUGCUCGUUACUUUGAACGUUUUCAUGUGAUUUUGGGCGACUUUUCUACUCCGUAUUUUUCACCAUGCUCUCGUUAGACUUCCUCGACGAUGUUCGUCGCAUGAAUAAGCGGCAGCUAUAUUACCAGUUGUUGAACUUUGGUAUGAUAGUUUCCUCAGCUCUGAUGAUCUGGAAAGGACUGAUGGUCGUCACUGGCAGUGAGAGUCCUAUUGUUGUUGUUCUCAGUGGUAGUAUGGAGCCAGCAUUCCACAGAGGAGAUCUGCUGUUUCUGACCAAUCGAGUUGAAGAUCCCAUCAGAGUCGGAGAGAUAGUCGUCUUCAGGAUAGAAGGCAGAGAGAUUCCAAUCGUACAUAGAGUUCUCAAGAUCCAUGAAAAGGAAAAUGGAGACAUUAAGUUUCUGACCAAAGGAGACAACAACGCCGUUGACGACAGAGGGCUGUACAAGCAGGGUCAACACUGGCUGGAGAAGAAGGAUGUAGUAGGACGGGCUCGAGGGUUUGUGCCAUACAUUGGGAUUGUGACCAUUCUCAUGAACGACUACCCCAAGUUCAAAUAUGCUGUUCUCAUCUUGUUGGGUCUCUUCGUGUUAGUCCACCGAGAGUGAGGCCCCCUGACCUUCAAGGACUCAAGGAUAUGGAACAUCCUGAAACCUCAGUUUCAAAACUUUCAGAAACAGAAUUUAGUUAAACUUUUGUCAUAUCCAACAAGCUUUUUUGUACCAUUUGUUUGGACAUUUUGUAAAAAUGUGGAUAGGGUGUUUACAUUGAAAAAAUAAAUAAAAAAUUCAAGCUUUAAAAUAUUUUUGUGACAAACAGAGUUAAGAUUUAGUUAGAGGUCACAGAAAAUGUAAAAAAAAAUGCAUUCUUAAAAAUAAGUUAAGUCUUGUUUUUUUUUCUUUCUGUUGAUCCAUUGUGUUUAGAAACGUAUGUGAAGUAUUUUAUGAGAACUGAAUUUGAAUGGUAUUAAAUAUGAUAACUGGUUGCCAUCCACCAUGA